AUUGUCAUUUUGACUAUUAUUAGCAUUGGCAUUGCAAUUGGUUUCUAUCAUUAUCAUCAGCUUCUGCUCUGUUCAUUUCAUACUGAAUCUCAUGCGUCUUUAUCUUCAUUCCCUCACAAUCUUCCAUCUCUUUCAAUGUCUCACACUUUCUCAUCUUUCCCUUUACCAUUUCAUCUUGAACAUCUUUCUUAUUGCCUCUUUUCAUUUCAACUCAAUCUAAUUUGUAUCUUAAAUUUUAUACCUUUAAUUGUUAAUCCUUAACCAGUUAACCCAGACAAUGUUAUUAAACAGUUUAUAUGAUUACAAUUUAUACCUAAUGAUCAAAUCAAUUUCACAGCCAUUUCAAUGAUCAAACAAAAUGAAAUGCAACACAAACAACAUCAUCAACAACAACAACAAAGUCUAAAGUGACACUCAUUGGAUUAACAAAACGUAAAUCUCACCUUAAUACAUCAAAUUUUUGUCAAUAUUUCCUUAAUGAUUAAUAUAAAUAUAUAAAUAGAGUUUAAAUUGAUUGUAACAAAUUUUUGUUUACCAAGUAAUUCAAUCAACAAUCAAUGUUUGUGUGAUCAAAGUUUCAUUGUUUUCCAUGUUUGAAAUUGGUGUUUGAAAUGCGAAAUUGAAAGUUGCUCUAACCCGAUAUUGAAUUACCAAAAACCAAGUAAACAAUCUUAAUCAUCUACAUGACAAAUGAAGAAAAUUUACAAUCAAAUAUUCAAAAAACAGAAAGAUGAUGGGAAAACAAGCUCAUCAUCAUCUUCAUCUGUAUCCAAAGAUGAGUCCAGUUUAGUGAUUAAAUCUUCUGGUUGCCUGUCAAUUGGAGUGACAACACUGACAAGCGUAACAACAUCAUCUGAUAGAUCAACAAGUCUAUUAACAUCCGCCCAUAAAUCAAAAUCACUUGACCUUCCAUGUCCCGAAGUAUUGGUUAAUGUUGGAGGUAAACUUCCCGUUACUCCAGAUCCAAGUAUAACAGGUAAUUUAGGAUCAACAACAGUUGGUGAAAAUAGUGAAGUGAAAAGUGAAUGUGAACCAUUGAAUCCAUUUGGAUUAUUAGUGAAAUUACCUGAAAUUGUAAGUGAUUCGAUAUCAGUUUCAGGUCAAACAAGUAAUGAUAGUAAGGAAAAGGUUUCGUCUUCAAACUUACCUUCAACAACCAGACAAACUGAACCUAACUUGACUGGAUCCAUAGAAAGUUCAACAGCUUCAUCUUCUGUCCAUCAAGAAUCAUCAUCACAUACAGCAACAACGGCAACAGAAUCAACAAAAAUUGAUCAACAAUCAAAGUUAAAUCCUACUUCAACAACUCCAACCUCAACCGUUACAGGUUCAUCUCUGACUACAGCAUCAACCAUUACAGAUCCAAGUGAAUUAAAUCAAAACCAACCAACAGGAAAAGAUUCAAAUAAUAAUAGUGAAACCACUAGGAAUGAAGGUAAUAUUGGUGAAAAUGUAUCAACCAAAGAAAACGAAGUUGCCAGUGAACGUGAAAAAGCUUUGACUAAGCGCAAUUACGCUUUGAAGGAAUUGGUUGACACUGAGCGUGAUUAUGUCAAAGAUUUGGGUUUAGUUGUCGAAGGUUAUAUGGAAACAAUGAGAAAGGAUGAUCCACCAGUUCCAGAAGACCUGAAAAAUGGGAAAGACAAGAUUAUUUUCGGUAACAUUGAAGCAAUUUAUGAAUGGCAUCGAGAUUUUUUCCUCAACGAGUUGGUUAAAUGUUUGGAGGAACCUUCACGAUUAGGAUUGUUGUUUAAACGUUAUGAGAGACGGUUAAACAUGUACGUUGUCUAUUGUCAAAAUAAAUCCAAAUCGGAAUACAUUGUUUCAGAAUAUAUCGACACUUAUUUUGAGGAAGUACGGAUUAAAUUGGGCCAUAAACUUCAACUACCUGAUUUACUCAUUAAACCUGUUCAACGAAUUAUGAAAUACCAAUUGUUGCUGAAUGAUAUUCUGAAGCACACCGAGAAAGCCGCUUUAAUCAAUGAAUUGGAUAAUUUGAGACGAGCUGUUCAAAUUAUGCAUGUUGUACCCAAAACAGCCAAUGAUAUGAUGAAUGUUAGCCGUUUACAAGGAUUUGAUGGUAAAAUUACUGCUCAAGGAAAGCUCUUGUUACAAGGUAUUCUCAAUGUGGCCGAUACCCGUGAACCUAUUACAGCCUCACUGGUUUCAUCGAUUAAACUCAGAGAACGCCAAGUUUUCCUGUUUGAACAAAUAAUCAUUUUCAGUGAGAUACUUGGUGCCAAAACUCAAUUUAGCCAGCCAAGCUAUAUUUACAAGGCUCAUCUUCAGGUUAAUAAGAUGUCACUCACCGAGAAAUCAGCCGAUGAUGAUGAAUCCAAAUUUAUAUUGAAAUCAAAAGAUCCUCAACAAGAGGGACUCGCCUUUGUGAUACAAGCAACUGAUCCCGAUGAAAGAUGUGAAUGGGUUCGCAAUAUUCAAGCUAUUCUGGAAACUCAAUUGGACUUCUUAAGAGCCCUUCAGUCACCAAUUGCUUAUCAAAAGGAAUUAACCAAAGAAGUUUCUGCGCCAGAAUUGGGUUCACUUUGGAAUCCAUGUUUACGUAAAACCUUUUCACAUCCAGCCUCAGCUCACAGACAGCGAAAAGAAUCAAGCUCAAAAGAUAUUUUACCCAAUAUAGCCGGUGUUAACUCGACAACAAAUAUAACCGCCAAUUGGUCCUCCAAUUUACUAAGUACCCUUAAUGUAUCCUCGUCUCCAUCCUCAGCCUCAAUUUCACCAUCUUCUUCCUCUUCCCCAUCACCAGCUCCUUGUCCUCUAGUGUCUUCCAAGUCUCUCAAAAAUCCUAAAGGCAUGACUUUCAGUAAACGCAUUAGCCGAGACAAGAAACUUUCCUCGCCCGUUCUUGGUCUCUCAUCACGACUAACCUCAUCACCAGCCUCACCCAAAUCUUAUCAAGACGAAAAUAGUGGUAGUAGUAGUAGUAUAUGGAAAAGAUCAUCAGUCCCAUUAAUAUCAUCAAUUCCAUCAACAUUAACAUCGUCCAUUUCACCAGCGACUUUAUAUUCAUCAACUGCAACAACAGCUCUUUCAUCAACCACAGGCCAAUCGGAAACAUCACAAGAAUCAAAAUUGAAUCCAUCAUCGUCCUCUCCAUCAACUCCAACCUCAAAUGAACCCACAACACCGUCAACAACUCGAAGUAAUAGUAAACGCCAUUUUCUAGAAAGUUUUCGCAACCCAUUACGAUCUCGCCAUGCUUCUUCCAGUCAACGAAGUAAAAAUAAAUCAAGUAAUAAUAGCACUUGUGAUGCAACAAGUAUGUCACCAUCACCAUCAUCAUCAGCAACAUUACCAAAUAACUUAACUGUGAGUUUAAGUUUGGAUGGUUCAUCGCCACCCAAAAGUGAUUCAGCAUCAGGUGUACCAACAAAAGUGACCACAACAACCUUUCCUCAUGAUAAUGAUUUAGACUCGGGUGGAUUGAAUAGACGUUGGUCCGAAUCUGAAGCCUUUAGACUUCGCUUUUCACGAAAAUUAUCCCCUUUAGGACUGAAAGGUGCCAAAAGCAACACUGGUAACAAUAACAACAAUAAUACCAAUAUUGUUGAGGAAGAACCAAGUAAUAAGAGUUGAAUUGGCAUUCAAAUUUCUGUUUUUUAGCCGCUAUUGAUUAUAAACUUUUUUAUAAUAAAAAUGGUAAUUUUGGUGACGCUUAAGAUCACAACCUGAACAAAACUGUCAAACGUUGACAAAAUUGUACACAAUUAUGGAAGCCAUCUUUUUCUUUCUCUCUCUCUCUCUCUUUCAUCAUUUCAUUGCCUGAUUGAUUGAGCUUGUAAUUAUAAUUGUUUUGUUUGAUAUCAUUUUGUGCUGUUUUAAUAUCUGUGCCUCAAAACCAAAUAUUGGAUAAAUCGUCUUAACCAUUGACGUUGUUUUCAUCUUUUCCCCAUUCAUUUUUUGGAUCAUCUUUAUCAUUCUACUUUCUUUAACAAAUAUGAGAACCAUAUUUGAGUGGAAAAAUUAAUUACUGAUUAAAAUUUAAUAAACUGAUUAUAUUAAUAAUUAAAGC